AUGACAAAAUCGUUAUCUAAUGUAAAAAGUAAUAUAGAAUAUCCUACAUACAACAACAAUAUUGAUACUUACAUUAAAAAAUUUGAAAAUUUAUUAAAGGACACGCAGGUUCCCGAGGCAGAAAAAGCUAAUGCGUUCAUUCAAAGAUUACCAGAAGAUGACUAUUUGGACCUGGAAUCUCUUUGCGUUCCAUCUGAUUACAACGAUUUGAAAACGUUACUGGAAAAAUACAGGCUAAUACAUCCCGAUAAAUCAAUAGACACGUAUAAAACGGAAUUCAAUGCAGCUGUUCAAGAUAAAGGGGAAACAUUUGGUAAAUGGGUAACUAGACUAUGUAAGUUGAAUAAUAAAUGCAAUUUUAAGGAUCAAGAGAGAAUAAUUGAAAAGAUAAAAAUAUCGUCGAAUAAUAAAAAAAUUAGGGAACAGAUAUCGAAGUUAGAAAAUAUAACUAUCACAGACAUAUUAAGAAUUGGGAGAGAGAUAAAUGAUGGGGAUGAUUAUGAAAAUAUAAAUAUUAAAAUGGAUAAUAUAAAAAUAGAAGGUGAAGCAGCAUCAACUUCGACGAUAAAGUUAGUACAAGGAGAAAAAGAUGAAAAGAGAGAAUCAAAUAAACAAAUAAUAAAAUAUGAUUCGAACGUACCAACGAAUAGGAGUUAUGGACAAUCCUGGACACCUAGAUACAACAAUCAUCAACAAUGGCAAAAUAAUUACAAUUACAGAUAUCAAGGUAAUUACUAUCCAAGACAUCAGAACAAUUAUGAACCAAGGUAUCAUUGUCAAAAUAAUUUUAAUAAUAGAUUUUACAACGACAGAGGAUAUUACAUACCAAGAUCGUAUAAUAGAUUUUCGAGAUUUAAAAAUAAUUAUAACAAUAAUAAUAAUUACAAUUUUAAUAAAUAUUAUGAUGAACCAAGGUUUAGACCCAGAUACAAUGAAUAUCAACAUUAUCGACAUCAGAAUUUCGAUCAAUCACGUAACAAUCGAUACCAAAACUAUGAAAAUAAUGAACAGAGAUACACGAAUAAAGUUAAUACAGUGAACAUAGAAGAAAUAAACGAGGAAAAUAACGUCAAAUCAGAAAACAAAAAAGUUGAGAAAAUAGAAAACAAGAAAUACAAUCUAUUCAGCUUGGAUAUCAACAAUUUAAAUGAUGAUAAUAACAAAGAAUAUGAUGCAUAUAAAGUCACAUUAUAUUUGAACGACACACCUAUUAUUAUGCAGAUUGACACCGGAUCCCGUUUCACAAUAUUACCGAUAAAUAUUGCAAGAAAGAUUGGGAUAAAGAUCUUAAAUAAAUCGGAUACUAAAUUAACUGGAUAUGACGGAAGAACAAUAAAAGUGAUAGGCAAUGCCAAUGUAAAAGCCAAAUACGAUGACAAAACCAAAAUUUUGAAUGCAUAUGUAGUACAGAGUGACAAGAUUGCACUCUUGGGAAGGACAUGGAUAAAAGUUUUUAAAAACAUACUUAAUCAAUUUGUGAAUUUAGUAGAAGAAGAUAACAAUAACGACAUUAACCAAUAA